CUGCUCUUGAAGUUAUACGUACGUACAUCGAGGUGGAUAUCAUAUGAUCAUUACCCAAACGCAAAUAUCGCCGGUCUUCACUUUUUCUCGAAUCUCGAUCAAUAGACCAGUACUUCUUCCAUAAUCGCCAAAAUGUAUUCGGCCAAUGUGGAUUUUUUUAGUGGGUCAGCCUGUAGGCGAUAUCACGUCAUCAGCUAACAGCGUUGUUUGGGCGACAGCACCUCUUUCACAUUGAUGAUCCUAAAGGUGGAUCUACAAGAACAAGUGACGCUUUUUUUGACAGCUAUACCUUUGCGCCAGUGUCGUGGUACCCGUUACUCGGCUCGCGAAUGUCGAACCGUCGCCUGACAACUGAGUUAAUGUUAGCCUGAUCCUGUCUAGCUCCUGAUUGUCUGAGUCCCGCUUUUGUGUGGAUUGCCUGCUCUUAUAUCCGGCCCUUGGACACGACCAGUGUGUUAAUUGCGAUCCUCACGAUACCUCCCAUCUUCGUUAUCAUUCACCCCCGUCUGUCCGCAUGAACGACAGCGAGCUGACUCUUACUUUAUAUGCAGCCGUUACUACCCACAACGGAUGUCACUGCCAUGCCAUGCGUAGAUCUCUCGAAUCGUGCGAUGGAGUCGCUUCAACUUGUUCAUCACCUCCUGCUACGGAAAACUCCCCGACUCUCCCUGGCCCCCUUUUUCGGCUAUCUCAGCUUGACAAUCUUACAGGGCAAGGCUACUCGCCUUGGCUUUGACGUCGGCGACUUUCUAGGAUGGAAACACGGGAUGUUCGACAUGUCAUGUAGAUCUUCUCCUGUUCCUGUUCUUACCUGUCUCUUGGGAGGCUUGCGACUAGUCUACUACGUACGCAUUGUCUACGAGUAAACUUUAUAUGAGUGAUUAAUAAUCCCUGGCAAUACCUGAUGCUCUAUGAUAUAUGGUCAUGUGGAUCAAGCUGUGGAUGCUGCUCGACACCUCUCCUGUCCUGCACAAUGCGAUAACCAGUACAUUUCCGCUUUCAUGCGAUGUACUAAUCCUCUUUCCCUUCCAGUCAUUUUUCUUUCCCUCUUUUGGAACUAUUCAGUCCGCAGCACCCGAAAACACAGUUCACCAGAACUGUUGCCGAGCAAAUCAUCUCUUUGUUGCACUGGUAAUGCAGGCCAAGAUGUCGUUGAAUCGCGUAUGCCACAUGGCCCUAAUGGAUUUUAGUGGACAAGAUAGCUGCGCCUUAGCUGAUCAAAUUUUGAUACCGCAUCACCAUUCUCGUAAGCCGUUCUCGUAUUCC